UUGACUGACUUUGAGGGGAGACUAGCAGCUGUCGAGACGUGUCUUCAGCGAGGACGGAAUGACGCUGAAAAACAGCAACAUGCAUCUUUCGACGCCUACAAAAUGGAGGACAAAAUCCCAUGUGAUGUCCUGGCUGGAGUUGAGAGCAGCGUUGAUGAAGAAGACCUUGAACUCCCUCACGCAGAGGACAGCACAAGUGUUGGGAAAUUUUUAAAGAGACAAUUCGUCCUAGUCGAAAAAAUGUUGGCAGCCCUGAAGAGUCCAAAUGUACAACUCAGAUUUUUAGUGCCAAAAGAAGAAAGUAUGACCAUGGCCUACAGGUACAAACUCAUCAUCUCACAAAUUCUGACAUUAAAACAAACUCAAUUCGAGGAAGACGGAGCUCGGGAGGACCACGAAAUCAUCAUGAGAGCCUGCAUUGAAGCGGAGUUCAUCUAUGCUGCUUUUAAAAUCCAGCAAGAAUAUCAGAAAGACAAUCCUGCAAACUCCAUCCAUCCAAUAUUUGUUUUUAAUGAACAGCGGGAGAAUAAAAAAGAUCAAUCUGAGGACAUAAAAAAUCCGCCGCGGUUAGAGCGACUUAUAACGAGGCUGCAAAGAAGAGCUAAAGUCAUGUGGCAGCUCUAUCAGGAGGUGACGAUUGAGGAGGAGGACAUUUGUGAAACGGCCUCUGGAGUGGACCUGAAGUGGAUGCAGGAGCAAGUAAAGCUCCUUUAUUUGUCCGACAGGCUCCAUUUAGAUUUGGAGCAAGAGCAGCAGCGAUGUGUGAUGUUGCAGGACAAAUUAUGCAAACAGCAGGAGGCCUCAUUAACGGAUGAGCGGGAGGUUUUUAAUCACACCUUAAGUGAACUCCAGGAGGACAACAAAGCACUGAGAGAGGAACUAGAACAUGCCGAAGACGCCUUGAUAUCGAUGAAGUCCGGAAACCAAAACAAAUGGCAAAUUGAGGAAUAUCAAAAGGAAAAAAUACAAAGACUAGAAGCAGAGUUUCAAAUGAAGGAUGUCAAGUUACUAACUGACGAUGUCAAGUUUGCCACUCUGCCUUCUAGUAGAGUCACACCUCGAGCAAAUUCUGAUGUCAACGCGGCCAAUACUAGCAACACAGUGAAGAAAAAUAACAAACCGUCUCUUCUACGUCGGCUUCGAGCGGUCAGGUCAAAGAGUUUGAAAGAAGGUCUUUCUGGCCAAGAAAGAAUGAAACUAUUUGAUUGACUCUGAUCUCAAGAUGAUUACCGACGCUUCAACAGGGGUGACAA